CGCUCAUGAAUCAGGCAUUGACAAAUCUCUGGAACUUGAACCGAACCGACACGCGCGUCUCACUCACGUCAUACCGAUCUGCAGUGCACAACACAACACAACACAUCAAACAAGCAACAUAUAUAACCACGAGACACACUCCACACACUAUGUACUGGCCGCUCGAGCUGACCUGCCGGCUGAACGGUCCACAUGGUGGGGAAUCCUUUUGCGUCGCUUUCCUCACACUGGGGCAUCAGGUCACUCGCAUCGUUGAAGUGGUCGGCCAGCGUGUCUUUGGCCUCGUCGGGCCAGCUAUCGAUCGGCAGCAGGGCCAGCAGGGGCACCUGGAACCACGCCAGCUUGUUGUUGGCCCGUAGGACAUUGUGAUCGAUCACCUGCACUCAGCCAUCCAUCCAUCCAUCCAGUUUGGGCAGACAGACAUGUGUGUCAUGUGUGUGGCAGUGCAGUGGUCGUGGCGUUCGUCCCGUCACCUCUGCGAAUAUGAUAUCGUUAGCGCCAUCGGUGAUGUGAAACUCGAAUACCUCGUCCCACUCGGGACUGUCACUGCUGGCGAUCUUCUGCACACAAGAGGACACAUGGGACAGCACAUGCAUGAGCCCCUUUCCUCUGCCCCUCCGCCCCGCCCCGCACCCUGGUCUUCUUGACGUGUGACUUGGGUGCCCUCUUGAUGAUGCUCUGGGCAGAGUAGAACCACCCCCGAUAUGGACCAACAUUGCCGUCCGACGGCCGCUGCUGCUCCGCCAUGAGCCCCGUGGCGUGCGGCAGCUUGGCGAGCUCGAUCUUCCCGAGAGUGAGCUUCACGUAGGGGUCGAACUUGCGGUCGUUGUCAUCGUAUGGGAUGUUGGUGGCGUUGCGGACCUCCACAGUGAGCAGGCCGUCCAUCUUGUUCUGGAUGGACUUCUGCAUCGACACUGUCCGGCUCAUACUCACGGGAGACGCAAAGUCCGACUCACGCGGUGAGGGGGCUUCCUGCAGACCACACCACACAGAGAGACAAGACAAGACUUGUAUUGCGUGUCUCGUCGUCCUAUGAGUGUUCGAUACUUUGGCAGGUUGCAGGGUGCUGGCGCUGCCCGUGGUGCUUUUCUUGGUGGCGGCCGGGACGCUUUUGCGCGGAAGUGUGGGUGUUGGGGCCGCAGCGGUUGGGAGACCACUUCCCGGCCGAGAUGUCUGGAAGGACAAGACGGACGGACAUGCCAUCCUUUCCGCCCUCUGUCUUCCACAGGUCUUUCCUUCCUCUAUCUGUCUCUUACUUACACCAGAUGAUUUCUCUGUCACAAGCAAAAUACAUACAGCACAGCCAUUGUGUCCUUUGUUCAUGUUCAGGUGGGCCCACAUGGCAUGUGGUUUGCUACCGAGUGGCAUCCACGUGAGGCUGACAUCGAUACUGCCGAGGGACGUCACCUCCUCUGACGCCGACAACGAAUACUCCUGCACCCACCACACCACAAGCACACACAGGUCCGGUCCAUGCCUUCAUUCCACAGAGGGGACCAGCUUGGGGCUCGGUUGUUGUUUGCCGUUCUGUCUGUUUUUGUCUCUUAGAGUAUACUCUAUGCAUGGAGAUGUCCCUCUGCAGCGAUGCCAGUGGUAUGGACACGCUGCCCAGGAAAUCGUCAGCCGUCCCGACGUCGUAAUCGUAUACACUGAUCUGUCAGAUCAAAGAAUAGCCAGCCAGCCUGCGAUGCGCGCAUCGUAUCAACUCAGACACACACACACAGCCUACGUCGAGAUCCUGGACAGAGAUGUCGCGGAUCUGUUAUCCACCAGCAGACACGAAAGCGAUGGAUGAUAGAAAUCCCGUCGUCUUGCUGUCCAGGGCUACUUACUUUGAGCUGGAAGCACUCGUUCCAGGUCGGGUUCAGAUUGCGCCACUUGACGGAACUCUGCACCAUGUCCUGACCACCUGACUCACACGCACACUCGCUGAGUGCAUCCCCGACAGCAAGAAUGGUCCAUUGCGUACCGACAGAGAAGAUGACGUAUGGGUCUGACCGCCCCAGUAGGUCUGACGCCUUGAGAUUCUUCGCAGCAUAAAGAUGGAUCUUUAGGUAGCCCUGCGGCUCGACGAGAUUGAGGUCCUGGUAGGACAGCUGGCAGAAGUCCAGCAGUGUGGUCUCGUCAAACAGAGGAAUGGGCAUCUCAUUUGGAUACACAAACCCCUCUGCAAUGCACACAAAAGACAGAGACACGACAUCAGAGUGAGCAGUGGGAAAGUGGGGGCCGGGGUGGAUUCUGUCACCGAGGACAACAUCUCUGACGAUGGUCCGGACCAGCCUCGUGAUGCCGAGAGACCACCGAAACGCCUCAAAGUCAAAGUUUAGUUUUGGUCUCUUUGCGAAGGAGACACGGAGGACGGCAAAGUAUGGCUGCAUGAAGCCACGUACAGCAGGUAAGAGACAUGGUCCGGCCAUGUAUCUGGCUGGGUAAGACAGCUCAUGUGUCCCUCACUCACUCACUCACUCACUCACUCACCGGUUGUGGGAUGAAGUGCUCGAACUUUAACCUCAGCCGCCCCUGCAUGUUGAUGUUCUUCACGCCCACCACCCCGAGACACCAGGAGCCCUGCCAUAUAGACAUGGCCGCGUUCCCCUGCGCACACAGACGACACGACACGACACACAUCCUGCAAGGAAUGCGGCAGAAUGCCUGUUCCCACCGUGCUUUGCAGCCGAUACAUGAUGUCCAGCACGACAGAAGCCCCGGACAUUUGGAAGUCCAUUAUGCUGAGAAUCUCAGGCGGCACCUUCCCCAGGUGGAACUCAUCAAAGGCGACCGUCAUGCUGUUCUUCUUGGCCUUUGCCACCUCCUGGCUGCUCGCCAGGUCGUGCUUGGCCUUGCUCUCCUCCUCAGCUGCAUCGGCACCCUCACCACUCAGAUAAAAGUUGACCACGCCGGGAAUGGUGUCCUUGAGGAUGCGCGACAGCCAGUUGGAGAAGCAGGGCCACAUCUCGCCCACCACUGUGUUCAGCCACUGUGUGUCAUGUUUGAACUGAGGCGGGCCGCCGCCAAUGGGGCUGUGCACAGAGCUCUCCUUGUGGCCCGACGCGCGGAGGGGGACGGAGUACUUGAGCCAUGUCUGCGCUGAUCUAAUGAGUGCGAUGUCCUCCAUGCACAGACCCCCGAGCACCGCUCCCACAAUCACCAGAAACGACCACACACCCAGCCACCUGCAUACCAUUGACCAAACAAGCACACGACACACAAGCAUCCAUGACAUGCAUGAGUGCUUUUUUCUUUCUUUGGGCUGUCGGACCCGAUGCAGGCGAGCAGGUAGCAGGGCAAGGCGAGCAGGAAGAGUGCUGCCCGCGCCUUGUCCUCGACCCCGGAGGGCAGACUGAGGAAGGACCGGAGCCAUUUGAUGAGUGGGGUCUUGGUGGACGCCUUCUGGCUCAGGACAGCUGCCGAGGGCGAGGCUCCCUCUGGCGUAGUAAAAGCACGCUGCAUUGAUGGCGU